AUGUACUGGCGCAUUUACGGCAAUAAUUACGAUCGAUCCAAAUUGACUGUCACGGCAAAUUACGCAUCAACCAAGGAAAAGUGGCAGGUUGCUCGAAUUAAUGAUAGGCGUGGUGAUUCGCUCCUUGAAUACAAGUAUCAAGUGCUGUGGGUUAACCCUCUCGUCAAGAGACGACGGUACUAUCAGCGGACAUGGGAACCUUGUGUCCAGCUGCUCGGUGAUGAAUUCCGGAAAGAGAUCGAGCUGAUGGACAGGUGGAAAGCCUCCCAAGUCAAGACAUUAGCGAAAUUCUGGCCUACCGAUGAGUACGGCGAGAAUGCUAUCGGUGCGGACAUGGAAGGACUCUGCAUUUUCAAUGCGUUGAGACGUGCAGCAGAAUUAGCCGGCCGUCCUGAUAUCGUGACGAAGAAGGACAUCGACGACUUUGUGGAGCAUCAGAUGAGUUCUCGUGGAGAUGACUUGACGAAGGGGACUUCGUUCCACGACAAGAACCUGCUUAUCUACGAUUUGGAAGAAGGUAAGCCUGUCGAGUCAACGGAGGAUUGGAUUGAAUUCUAUGCAUUUGUUCGUCCGUUUAUUGCCUGCAAGCAGAAUUAA